CGCGAGUUUAACAAUUUGGUAUUUUAUACCAUAUUGUUAAAAUCGCAGUCAAAUAAUUUUAUACUUCUAAAAAAAGUUUGAUGAUUCAAUAAAAUUUCCCAUUCAAUUAUUGAGAACUACAGUCGAAGAUGGCUUGUGAUGAUUUACCAAUUAAUAUUCCAGUUACAAGUUUGUCAGAAUACUUCAACUGUCCUGUAUGUAUGUGCCAGAUGAGGAAUACGUUGAGUACAACAUGUGGUCACCGCUACUGUGCCAAAUGUAUAGAAGAAUGCGUCAACAGACUGCAUAAGUGUCCAUGUUGUAAUCAGGCUCUAACAGUGAAAGAAUUACAUAAAGAUCCCCUGUUUGAUGAAAUGAUAGUGACUUUUAAUAGUCAAAAACUGAAGGCUGAGAAGGAAUACUUUGAUAACCUGAUAGAAAAAGCUAAUCCUGGUCCCUUUAAAGAUAAUGCUGUGCCAUCCACAUCACAGGGGGCAAUUACCCAGAAUGCACCUAAUAUAUUCUCUCCUGUAGAGCUAGUCUUAAAAGAGCACUUGAAAAAAAGUUUGGCAAAUCAUGAGAGAUGCUGUCAGUCUCUGAAGCAAGACUGUGACAGAAGACAACAUCAGAUUGACAUUGAGAUGAGAAAACUCAAAGAAGAUCUCUACUCUGAAGGAUUAACAGACAGAGAACUUGAACAGCAGCUCAGUGAUCUUCAACAAUCAUGUGAGAGACAGAAAAGUGAAGUGCAACUUGAGAUGACUAAAUGUGUGCAACUUAUUGCUGAGGCUUAUGACAAGUAUUUGAGUGAACACAUUCCUGACCUGGCAGUGCUACCUGUGAAAGUCUCCCUAAGUCUUCUCUCCAAGGGGAUUACACUGCCUGAUGUACAGCUGCAGCCAUUUCACAGUGUUGAGGACAUCAUAAAGAUGUUCAAAUCAAAGAUGGUUGAUAGAGGAGACAGGAUUGUGCACAUACCAGAGGAUGCAAGGCUCAUCAGCUUUGGUCCAUUUAUGAAGAAGGGUAUCUUUGAGAUGGAGCAAGCGUCUAGAGAAGUCGUAAACCAUGGUGCACAUAACCCAGAUAUACUCAUUCUCCCACCUGGUUCAAGGCCUCUGCUACAAUUUGCCUUGAAACCUAGUAGUGUUAUAGCUCUCUAUGGCAAAAUACAGUGUGAGAGCGACCUUCCAAAACAAUGCUUCGCUACAACAUUCCAAAAAGAUGCAGGUCAAAAAGUAGAUUACUUUUCUUGCAAGGAUUGUAAAAUAAAUUGGGUUUGCAGGCCAUGUAUGGAAGUAUGUCAUAAAGAGCACAGUGCCACACCACACAUAAUGGGCCAUCAGCCUACUUGGGCUUGCUGUUAUUGUCCAAAGAAAAAGAAGUGCAGAAUGCUCCCUGGUGCAACUGGUUGAACUUGUAGACAUGUCAUAUGGGUAUCUUCAAACAUAUUCAAAUAGGAUGUGUCACAAUGAUGUAUUCAGACAUCCUCAAAUAAAUAAGACAUGUCACAAUGAUGUAUUCAGACAUCCUCAAAUAUAUAAGACAUGUCACAUUGAUGUAUUCAGACAUGCUCAAAUAAAUAAGACAUGUCACAUUGAUGUAUUCAGACAUGCUCAAAUAAAUAAGACAUGUCGCAUUGAUGUAUUCAGAC